GGGUGGGUUAUUUUCUGGGUUCUUCCAAGGGGAACGGACAGAUGGACAAACAGAUGGACGUUUCUCUCUUUCCCGCUAAGCCCCUGUUCCCAUACCUUGAUCUUUUCAGGAAAGCGCUCUUUAGAGCAUGGAAAUGGGAACUCGCUAAAGACCGUGUUUUUGUGUCUGGUGCUUCUUGGAGCACUUGUCAGAAACGUGCAGCAGUAGGAGCUUCUUUAAUUCGAUUCCUUGAGGGCCCUGGGACUGCGGAGUGUAAUCUCUUCUUCCUCAGUUAGAAUUUUGUUUGCUCAUAAAAAGAAAUAUUAGUAGAGGUCGGGAUCCCAGUAGUAUGUGGGGUGGGCAGGCGUGGCAACGAUUUUCAAAUUGUUUGGGGGAUUACUUUCCAGUAUUAGUGAUCAUAGUGCGUGUUUCCUAAUCCUUUGGCUAUUACCCCUGCUUCCUUCUUUGGUUUAAAAGUUUAUCAUGGGGAAUGCUCUUUCUACUACUUCCACUGGUUACAAAUAUUUUCGAGACUAAACCUUUUUAACCUCAAAAAAUACAUUCAAAGUCUAGCGACGGCUGUUUUAAUGUUUACAGUCAAUGCUUAGCGCACGCACGAAAUUCCUUUGUGGUAAUUUGGUGGCCCCCCUCCAGGUAUUACAUGACUGUUUGGGAACCACUGUGCUUCACCCGUCAGGAGUCCUCUUUUCCCCAAAAUGUCUUAUUACUCGCUUAACUCCUUUGGACUAGUUUUUCGGUUAUAUAAGGGGUUGAACUAGAUAAUCACUUCGGAAAUUUUUUGAUCCGGUAAUAUUGGGCUUUGAGAUAUGAAGAUGUAAACCAUUGUUUUGCUGUAAUUUGUAUGUGAAAAGUGCCAUGUGGCUUUUAACUUUUAAAAAAGAGAGGUUUAAAUAAAAACUACCUUUAAUCCCACCACCUAGAGUUAGGUGUGUUGAUCUUUCCUUGUGCCUUGCGUGUGCAGUAUGACUGAGAUUGUACGGUACAGUUUGCAACUUGUUUGACCUAAUUUGCAUUUUUCUAUUAGCUUACCAUUGAUUUCCAGUGACUAAUAGUCUAACGUUUAAUUAUUCACUGUUGUUGGGUAGUUUGCAGUUUUUACGUAUUUGCAGUGAAUGUAUCCUACAUGUAUCUUUGAGUCACUGAUUCUUACUUUCCCUGAUGAAUGCCUAACAAUGGAACUGGGUGAGUGAAUGAUGUCGCUUAAAUAUUACGGAGAAAAUGUAUUUUAGCAGAUAGUAAUGGUCAAGGUCAUUCAUUUUUGUUACACAGCUGUGUUUUCCUAGAACAAGCAAGCUAUUUCUGCUGUCACUCUUCUGGCUUAAAUGCUAAAACUGACAACCUCCAGAUUUUAGGUGUUUUUGGACCAGAAGCAUCAGGAACAAAUAGAUCCAAGUUCAGAUAGGGUGGAUCUCUAUGAUUUGUUUAUUCCUGAGGUUGUCUUAUCAUGGCUGAAAAUGACAUAGAAAGAAUCCAGACUGAGAAACUCCUAAAAAGAGUGCAAGAACUGGAGCAGGAGGUACAGAGACUUAAAAAAGAACAGGCCAACAACAAGGACUCAAACGUUAGAGAAAAUUCUUCAGGAGCUGUAAAAGCUAAGCGUGCAUUUGAUUUCAGCGCUCACGGUCGAAGACACGUAGCCCUAAAGAUAGCCUAUCUGGGCUGGGGAUAUCAGGGCUUUGCCAGUCAGGAAAACACAAACAAUACAAUAGAAGAGAAACUGUUUGAGGCUCUAACCAAGACUCGACUAGUAGAAAACAGACAGACAUCCAACUAUCACCGGUGUGGGCGAACAGACAAAGGAGUUAGCGCCUUUGGACAGGUGAUUUCUCUUGACCUACGUUCUCACUUUCCAAAGGGCAAGGAUUCAGAGGAUUUUAAUUUAAAAGAUGAAGUCAACGAUGCGGCUAUAGAGAUCCGUUAUACCCACAUUCUCAAUCGGGUGCUCCCUCCAGACAUCCGUGUACUGGCCUGGGCUCCCGUAGAACCUAGCUUCAGUGCUAGGUUCAGCUGUCUUGAGAGGACCUACCGCUAUUUCUUCCCUUGUGCUGACUUAGACAUUGUAACCAUGAACAAUGCAGCUCAGAAGUACGUUGGCACACAUGAUUUUAGGAACUUAUGUAAAAUGGAUGUAGCCAACGGGGUGAUUAAUUUUCAGAGGACUAUUCUGUCUGCUCAAGUGCAGCUAGUAGGCCAGAGCCUGGCUGAGGAGAGAUGGCAAGAACCCUUUCAGUUAUGUCAGUUUGAAGUGAUUGGCCAGGCAUUCCUUUACCAUCAAGUCCGCUGUAUGAUGGCUAUCCUUUUUCUGAUUGGCCAAGGAAUGGAGAAGCCAGAGGUUAUUGAUGAGCUGCUGAACAUAGAGAAAAAUCCCCAGAAGCCUCAGUACAGUAUGGCUGUAGAAUUUCCUUUAGUCUUGUAUGACUGUAAGUUUGAAAAUAUUAAGUGGAUCUAUGACCGGGAAGUUCAGGAGUUCAAUGUUACCCACCUUCAGCAGCUAUGGGCUAAUCAUGCUGUUAAAACUCAGAUGUUGUAUAGUAUGCUACAAGGACUGGACUCUGUUGCGGUGCCCUGUAGGACAGGACCAAAGAUGGACGGAGUGACAGAAUGGAGAAAUGUUCAGCCCUCUGUCAUAAAGCAGACCAGUGCCUUUGUAGAAGGGGUGAAAAUGCGCACUUAUAAGCCCCUAAUGGAUCGUCCUAAAUGCCAAGGAUUAGAAUCCCGGAUCCAGCAUUUUGUACGUAGGGGACGCAUUGAGCACCCGCAUUUAUUCCAUGACGAAGAAACAAAAGCCAAAAGGGACUGUAAUGACACACUAGAAGAAAAUACUAUUUUGGAGAAGCCAACAAAGAGAGUUUGUGUUGAUACAGAAAUUAAAAGCAUCAUUUAACCAUAGAGAACUCACCAAGAUCUAGGAGGCAACAAAACACCAUUAGGCUAAAGAAGUUCUUGCUUGAAUAAGAAAGAAUUUAAACAUUCUUUCAUUCCUGUCCAAGAGAAUUAGAGAUGGAAGAAGCAAAAAGUAAUUUUAAAAUGGACAUAUAUUUACAUACACCUGGAAACCUGUGCCUUUUGUUCAAAUUCAUUAAAGCCAGAUCCUGCAAGUGUC